AUGUCGUCGUCGGUUUCUCCGUCCCCUUCGGCCGAGACGGUGGAGCCGGUGGUUGCUGCCGGUGGGAGUACGGCGUCGCCUUCGGAGGAAGUAGUCGGCAACAAGCGGGCAGCACCAGAGACCGAGAACCCGGACGCCAGCUCUUAUCGGCCCAACAAAAAGACUCUGCGGUGGAACAUGAAGCCGAAAAUCGGGCGAACGGAUAACUGUUCAGCACUCGGAGUCCUGCGAUUUGAAAUGCAGUCUACCAUCGGACUUUUGAAUGUGUGA